UUUAAAAAAAAUUUCAUUGAAAAAAAAAAUUAAUUUCUUUAAACAAAAAAAAAAAAAUAUUUUUCACUUGUAUUAAUAGUAAAAAUUUUAUUUAUUUAUUUUUUUAAAUACAUUUUUGUUUUUAACUAUUUGGAGGUAUUUUUAAAAAAAUUUAAAAAAAAAUUAAAAAAUAAAUUCAAAAAAAAAAAAUGAUGCUUUUUGUGACGCUUUUUUGCGCGUUUCUUGUGCCAUUUACACAAUCAUGGAAGUUUCAUGAAGAUAUGACAAAAGAUGAAAUUAAAGAGAUAUUUCAAACCACACCUGAAGCUGUACCAGAAUACGAAGUAGUUAAAGUUAAACACAAAAUUCAUAAAAGAGCAACAACAAUAUUAAGAGCACGAAUUUUUAAUCAAGAAAAAACAUUAUAUCUAGAACCAGUCGAAGGUUUAUUAAUUGGUGAACAUACAAAAGUUUGGAAGGCCAAGAGUACAUUUAAUGGUCUCGAUUAUACAGAGGUUCCAGAUGCAAUGAAAAAUAUUGGUCAAUUGUAUCAAGAUGUAAAAAAUGAUGCAGCAAUCACGGUAAAAACUGACGAAGAGGGAAAUAAAGAGUUUGACGGCAUAUUUGGACGUUUCUUUGGUAUAAAACCAAUACCAAGAAGACAUCGUUUUCGUCGUAAUGUUUCAAAUAAUUCAGACGUUAAUUAUUUAAAUUUACCUGAUCACAUUGUUUUUAAAAUUGCCGAACCAUCUUUAAAUAUUACCAAACUAUUUUCAUCCAAGAAAUAUGAUAAUGAAGAAAUAGUUUCGCAAAAUAUAAAUAAAAGAACAAAACGAUCAGCUCCAAAUGUUGUCUAUCCGGAAAUUUUAGUAUUUAUUGAUCAGAAAUUAUUUAAUGUUUUUAAUAGAAAUGUAACAAAAGCAGUGGGUUAUAUCGCAAGUUUGUUUAAUGGAAUUGAUCUAAGAUACAGAGCAAUUGAACGUCCAAAAAUUCGUCUAAACGUUGCUGGAAUUGUUUUAAUUGAUGGAUUUAGUUUAUUUUUAAAAACCUACAUAAGAGAAAGACAUUUAUCGGUGGAUGAGUCAUUGGAUGAUAUUGCAAAGUUUUUGGUGGAAGAGAAGCAAUUCACCUUCAAGAAGGAUUAUGACAUCGCAUUAUACAUAACAGGAAUGGACCUGGAAGUAAAAAAUGAAGAUGGAACAUAUGAAAAAGAUGUGGCAGGAAUUGCAUAUUUUCAGGGUGCAUGUAGAAAGGACUUUAGAGGUGUACGAUCAUUGGGUCUCAUUGAGGAUGAUGGCUCUUUUAAUGGAGUAAUCAAUGGUGCUCACGAAUUGGCCCAUGUUAUGGGUGCUGAACAUGAUAAUAUGAAAGAAGGACCGGAAGCAUGCAAUUGGGACAAGGGUUACAUUAUGAGUUACGAUGGUAAAGAUGUAAAUAAAUUGCGUUUCUCACCAUGCAGUCAAGAGGAAUUGAGAAGUUUUAUUAACGAUGAGAAGAGAAAUUGUCUUUAUAAUUCUCCACCAGUGGAUAAACCAUUGCCAAAAAUUUUACCCGGUACAUAUUUAUCAUUAGACGAUCAAUGCAUGGCAAUGUCAAAUACCAAAAGUUGUGGAGAACAACGAAAUGUUUGUGUCGCUUUAUUUUGUAAGCAUCCGGAUUUAACAAAAAGAGGUGUUUGCAUUUCAAAAAAUCCAGCUGCCGAAGGAUCGACAUGCGAUGAUAAUAAAAUCUGCCUCAAUGGAGAAUGUGUCAGUAAAACAUCAUCAAUUGUACCUGGAGUGAUUAGUUAUUAUUGAAGGAAAAAAAAAAAUUAAACAAAUAAAUAUAUAAAAGAAUAAAUUUCGUAAAAUAUUAUUCUUAGUUAAUAUUAAAUAUUUAAAUGUAUCGCAACCUCUGAUGUCUUAAAACAAAUAAACUUUAUAGUUAAUAUUAA